UUAGCACUGUGGGAUAGAUUCAAGAUGGCGGCAGAUUUGAGUUGCUCUGGGAAAGAGACGCUAUCAAAUAUACUUCAGAGUAUCCAAAGGGACAUCAAUUGCCUUUCUGAAGAUAAUAAAUCUACGCGAAAGAGAGCAAUUGAAAAAAUAGGGAAGGAACUAUUAAAAAAGAAACCACCCUUAGAUGCUGAAAUAUUGGAGGAGUGCCUCGAGUCAAUUGCCAAACCUGUUUUAAAAGUGUUCUCAGAUCCUUCUGAGAAAUGCAGAGAACUGUCAAUACAGUUUGUCAUUGACCUGUCAUCCCGUGUUCAAGAUAUAUCAUCAUUUCUUCCCUAUGUGAUACCAACAUGUGUCCAGCGCUUGGGUCAACAGGAGAUUAUUGAGAUGUGUGAAGAGUUAAGGCUUUUGUUGAUUGAGUUAUUGACUACAUUGAUUCAAGUAUCUAAGGAAAAAAUAGUGAUGUAUAUUGAUGAUCUGGUUAAGAUUUUGCAGAGAACUAUUGCAGAUCCAUUUCAUCAUGUUAAAAAGGAAAGUUGUAAAUGCGCGUGUCUCCUUGCCAAGACAAUCCCAGAUCAAUUUUAUUAUCAGGCGGAAUCGUUGGUAAAGCCGUUGUUAUUAUCGAUCACACAUCAGCAUUCUAAAGUGAGAUUGGCUGUUUUAGAGACUUUAGGUAUUGUAAUUCAAGGUGGAGAUGGCAAAAAUGUAGACAGUGUUUUAGGUCACAUCGCUCAGAGAACAUUUGAUGAUAACCCAGCUGUUAGAGCAAUGGUGUCCACUGUGGUUGGAGGGUGGUUGCUUCAUCUUAGAGAUAGAUACUCGUUCUUUCAUAAGCUGAUACCAUUGCUGUUGACAGGCCUUUCUGAUGAAAUCAAAGAGAUCCAAAAGAAAUCAUCUGAUUUAUUUGACAAGGUUGGUGAACAAUAUGAACAAGAAAACGAGGCUGAUUUCAAAGAUAAACAAGACUUUCAAGUUUGGGAUAGAAAUCCUGUGGUUGAAGGCAGAAGAAGACCAUGUUUGGGAUGUAGAGCUCUCAUUGAACGCAAUUUAUCGAAAAUUUUACCUGCGAUCUUGAGAGAUAUGACUGAUUGGACAGCUGGUACUAGAAUUAAGGCUGCCUCGUUGUUGUAUCAUAUGUUGUAUUAUGCUGAGGACAAUGCCACACAACAUAUUGAAGCUUUAUUAGGAGGACUUUAUAAAGGAUGUCGAGACGAGGAAAUUAUUGUUGUUAAAGAGGUGAUAGCGAGUUCGAGAUUGAUAGGGCAAUACGUGGAACCAGAAGUGUACUUGAAACUUUGUCUUCCACAUCUGAAAUCAGCAAGUACGACCUCGACUCAGCAAACGGCAAGCAUUCUCAAAAUAUUAGCAGCUAUGGUGGAAGGAACUCCUGAAGAGAGAAUAAAGCCACGUCUGAAGGUAAUCUGUGAGGCCAUAGUCAAUCCCGACGUUUGUGAUACGGAAAGCGUGGACAACCAGGAACAGUUGUUGUGUUUAGUUAAUAUAAUCACGUCUAAAUCUGGCGGCGGCUGUGAGCAAUAUAGUCUUCAGUUGUUUGUUGUUGUUCUUUACGUUAUGUCCCUACAAAGAGAACAGAUGUUUCAUGAAAGGGUCGAGAAAUGUCUUACCAAUAUGGCUGUUUCCUUGCAUCUUCAAAAUUGCGAAGAUCUUUAUAAACUUCACACGAAGGACGUCAUUAUAAAACUAAAGGAAAGUCAUACAUCAUGGACAAGUCACUCCACAUCUAGAUUACUAUUUAAUACACUCCUAUUGCAUGCUGGUCCAGUGAUAGGAACGUUACUUCCAUACAUCAUACCCAUGUUUACGGUUUGCCUCAAUCCUGAUAAAGAUCCUGAAUUAAGACUAAAGUUUUUCUCAUUGCUCUCAAAACUGUCGGUGGAUUCUGGCAAAACUAUCAACUCUACAGGAGAGUAUCCACAACACUCUGGUACAGUUCUUGUCGAAUGUAUAAUUCCUAAUCUUAUUUGGAGGGCGGGGAGGGUCGCCAUAGCCAUACGCACAGCUGCAAUAUCUACUUUAUGGGCAACACUUCAUGCAGGACUGUUGCCAGUCGAGACUUGUAAUAAAUCAUUGAAUGAUCUUUUGACACAGAUAAUCUCGUGCUUAGAUGAUCACAGCAGCACAACUCGAUCAAUCACUUGUCAGGUUCUAGAGAAAUUAUUGACAUUGUGUAAGGAUAAUUUUGACGCUGAUUUGUUGCAUUCACUGUAUCCUGAGCUGCUGAAGAGAAUGGAUGAUAGUUGUGACGAUAUUCGAGUGUUUGUUACUAAAACAUUGUUGGCUUUUUUCAGAGCUUUCCCCUCGAACUACGAUAAAGAUCUAUACAAACUUCAUCUGGAAGCCAUGUUUAAAGGAUUGUUGGUACAUUUGGAUGAUUCUUCAUCUCAUAUUCAGGAAGGUGUUCUGGUGUGUUUAAAAGAAGCAAGUAAUAUCAAUCCUUCAAUAAUGAAAGAUCAAGUUACAAUGGUUCAACAUAAACAUCGAGUUUCAAGAUUCUGCGAUGAACUGCUGGAACAAAUAAAUAGCAUAAACAUGACAUGACACGGAAUAGCGAGUGUUGCUAAUGAGUCUGUUCAUCUC